AUCACCCACUCUUAGCUUCCGACUGACUCCUAUCAAGUCUCCCUUCACACGGCUUCACUCAUCAUGUCUCAGCUCUCUUAUGCCCGCUAUGGCAAGGACAACGUCCGCCUAUACAAGGUCGACAAAGACCCCAAGACCGGCACCCAUACCAUCGUUGAGCAGACGAUCCGCAUCCUGCUAGAGGGAGACAUUGAGACUUCAUACACCAAGGCGGACAACUCAGUCAUCGUUGCUACCGACACCCAGAAGCAGACCACAUACAUCCUCGCCAAGCAGCACCCGAUUGAUCCCCCCGAGCAGUUCGCCGCCAUCAUUGGCGACCAUUUCAUCGCGACCUACCCGCAUAUCCACGCGGCACACGUCAAGAUCAUCCAGCACCGAUGGACCCGCAUGAAUAUCGACGGCAAACCGCACCCACACUCGUUCUACCGUGAUGGCGAAGAGCUCCGCGUCGUCGAGUCGGUCACAAGAGAAGGCCAGGGUGUUUCCAUCCGCUCCAAGAUUGAAAAGCUGCUCGUACUCAAGAGCACCGGAUCCGCCUUCCACGGCUUCCACCGUGAUGAAUUCACCAAACUCCCCGAGACUUGGGACCGUAUUCUCAGCACAGAUAUCGAGGCUGGGUGGCAAUGGAAGCUUUUCAAGAAUGCUGCUGAGUCAAAGUCAAUCGACUUCAACGCUGCAUGGAAAGCUGCAAGAGAAAUCACCAUGAAGAUCUUUGCCGAGGACGAGAGCGCCAGUGUCCAGGCGACAAUGUACAAGAUGUGCGAGAAGGUACUGGCCACCAUUCCUGAAGUUGACGCUGUUGACUACGCGCUACCCAACAAGCACUACUUCGAGAUUGACCUCUCAUGGCAUAAGGGUAUCCAGAACACGGGCAAGGACGCGACCGUUCUCGCUCCCCAGACUGAUCCAAACGGUCUUAUCCAGUGCACCGUCACCCGCAAGGGCACGAAGUCGAAGUUGUAGAUGAACAUCUGUGUAGCGCUUCUCUUUUCUUUUUACGAAUUGACGGCUUUGUGAAUACCGCCAGACUAUCAACGCAUUUCAACGGGGACGUCAGAUAUUGAGAGUAGAACCAUGAUACCACUUGUAUAGAUUUGAAUUGAAGGAGGGAAGGUGGAGAGUAGAAGAUGGCCUAGCGAGCAGAACUUGAAGUGAAAUUCGUAACUUGCCAUGUUAUACACCUGUACAUAAUCAUCCAUUUAAAUGUACAACUAAAAGUAUCAA